AUGGGAAUAUGUUGUUCUGAUUAAAAAACCAUAUCUUUAGAUCUAUCUAAAUCAAGUUCUAGGAAAAAUAUUUAAUUGAUAGAUGAAGCCUAUCUAGCCUCCUUUAUUAGAAGUUAAGAUAAAGAAUCCAUUAGAUUUAGUUUCUGGCCAAAUGAAACUGUGAAAGGAACGAAAAAUAAUGGAUGGAAGUGUGACGCAGUAUCUUUACUUUCGAAUGGUUGCUAAAAAGGAUUCAAUAAAGCGAACCAAACUUAAAAUGAGUAUGGGUUUUUCGAUCUAUCAUCAGAUUUUGUAUUAUGCGAGCAGUGUGCCAAGGCUGCAUAGGAUUCCAAAAAUUUGAUAUAGUGGAAUGCGUACAUAUCUGAAGAUGGAAUUAAAAGUGCUUUUGACCUAUAGUAUUUCAUUUUAAUAAGAAAUGUGGUUAAUGGGGCAGGAACUUAUCAAAAUGCUAACUUUACAAUUCAAGGUGCUUUUGAUUUUACAACAAGAGAAAUAACAUUGAAUAAAGUUAAUCAAGGAGAGGAGUAAUAAAUUUCCUUCAAAGGAAAAUUAGAUGAAUACCUUGCGUCGAUUAGAUCCAAAUAUAUUCGUAGGGAUGGAGCUGUUUUCUAGCUUAAAUUAAGCAGAAAUAUGCUAAAAAUGAGAAAAAAAGAAUAAAAUUUUGACUUGCUAUAUGGAAGCUUGAAACUAUCAGCACACAAUUGCUUACUUGUGGGACCUAAGCUAGAUACUUAAUGGAUAUGUGAUGGUGGUAGAUCCUUAUUUAAAAAGUGCAUUGGAGGAACAAUUGAUAAUAGUCAUUAAAAUGGGAAGAUUAGAUAUAGAUGUGAUGAACAUAAUUUUGACCUCUGCUUAGAGUGCGCCCAGUAUGUCUAUAUGUAUGAUUAGCUAAGUAAUAGGAUCUAGUAAAAAUGGACAGGGUUCUGGAUUCAAGAUUCGAAAAAGAGUGAGAUGACAUUUGAUGUAUUACAUUUUGCAUAAGAAAAGAUUUAUGGGAAAGGUGAAGACGAACAAGGAAUAUUUUUUAUUUCUGGAAAAUAUAAUCAUUCAAAUGGGGAAUUGAAAUUCAGGAAAAAGUACUUAGUGAAAUCUAUAGUCACAUAUAAAGGUGUAAUUUCUAAUGAGGGCAAGAUAGUAAAGGGAAUUUGGAAAAUUAAAGGUGAAAAUGAAGGUGAAUUAGAGGUCAAUGGUGUCUUUGAGUUAAAUCGUAAUUGA